UUGAAAGGCUUGGUGACUUUCGAUCCAGCGACGGCAGCGGUGAACAGUGACGAGAAAGCAGAAUCAACGAUUGCAUGGGAUAUGGGCAAUCGAUUGGAGUCUUAUGAAUUGAAGCUGAUGCAUUUGGCUCGUGCAUCGAAGAAAGACUGCAGAAGCUUAUAUCAUAGAAGUAGUCGUGAAAGAUAUUGGAGUUUGGUUAAAAUUUAUAUUAUGUCAUUGGGUGAUGUAAGUGAUAUGUAUACAAGUGGAAAAUUUGACAACAAGGAAGCGAUGUCUAAGAAACUGAUCGUUUAA